GAUCACCUGGGCCUGUGGCUCCCCAGAGGCCACCUGUAGGGACGGCAGCACAGACCCACUCAGCGCAACCCUGCCUGCAAACAGGGCCAGGGUGCAGCCCAGACGCCCCCCAGGCUGGGGCCACCAUCAGCACCACCGCUGCCGCCCAAGGAGGGGCACCAGGAGGGGCUGGUGGAGCUGCCCGCCUCAUUCCGGGAGCUGCUCACCUUCUUCUGCACCAACGCCACCAUCCAUGGUACCAUCCGCCUGGUCUGCUCCAGCAGGAACCGCCUCAAGACGACAUCCUGGGGGCUGCUGUUCCUGGGAGCCCUGGUCACACUCUGCUGGCAGCUGGGGCACCUCUUGGAGCAUCACUGGCACCGCCCGGUCCUCAUGGCCGUCUCUGUACACUCAGAGCGCAAGCUGCUCCCGCUGGUCACCCUGUGUGACGGGAACCCACGCCGGCCGAGUCUGGUCCUCCGCCAUCUGGAGCUGCUGGACGAGUUUGCCAGGGAGAACAUUGACUCCCUGUACAAGGCCAACUUCAGCAAAGGCAGAGAUGCGCUCUCCGCUGCCGUCGCCCGCCGCGAGCCCCGCUUCCACCUGGACCGGGAGAUCCGUCUACAGAGGCUGAGCCACGCGGGCAGCCGGGGCAGAGUGGGGUUCAGACUGUGCAACAGCACGGGCGGCGACUGCUUCUACCGCAGCUACGCGUCCGGUGUGGCGGCCGUGCAGGACUGGUACCGCUUCCACUAUGUGGACAUCCUAGCCCUGUUGCCCGCGGUGUGGGAGGACAGCCACGGGCGCCAGGACGGCCACUUCGUCCUCUCCUGCAGUUACGACGGCAUGGACUGCCAGGCCCGGCAGUUCCGGACCUUCCAUCACCCCACCUAUGGCAGCUGCUAUACGGUUGACGGCGUCUGGACAGCUCAGCGCCCUGGCAUCACCCACGGAGUCGGCCUCGUCCUCAGGGUUGAGCAGCAGCCUCACCUCCCUCUGCUGUCCACGAGGGCCGGCGUCAAGGUCAUGGUUCACGGCCGUAACCACACGCCCUUCCUGGGGUACCACAGCUUCAGCGUCCGGCCAGGGACGGAGGCCACCAUCAGCAUCCGAGAGGAUGAGGUGCACCGGCUCGGGAGGCCCUACAGCCACUGCACGUCAGGCGGGGAGGGCGUGGAGGUGGAGCUGCUACACAACACCUCCUACACCAGGCAGGCCUGCCUGGUGUCUUGCUUCCAGCAGCUGAUGGUGGAGACCUGCUCCUGUGGCUACUACCUCUACCCGCUGCCAACGGGGGCUGAGCACUGCAGCUCUGCCCGGCACCCUGCCUGGGGACACUGCUUCUACCGCCUCUACCAGGACCUGGAGACCCAUCGGCUCCCCUGUACCUCCCGCUGCCCCAGGCCCUGCAGGGAGUCUGCAUUCAAGCUCUCCUCUGGGACCUCCAGGUGGCCUUCCGCCAAGUCGGCUGGCUGGACUCUGGCUGCGCUUGGUGAGCAGGGGCUGCCACGUCAGAGCCAUAGACAGAGGAGCAACCUGGCCAAAAUCAACAUUGUCUACCAGGAGCUCAACUACCGCUCGGUGGAGGAGGCGCCCGUGUACUCGGUGCCGCAGCUGCUCUCAGCCAUGGGCAGCCUCUGCAGCCUGUGGUUUGGGGCCUCCGUCCUCUCCCUCCUGGAGCUCCUGGAGCUGCUGCUUGACGCUUUGGCCCUCACCCUGUUGCUGGGCGGACGCCGGCUCCGCAGGGUGUGGUUGUCCUGGCCCAGAGCCAGCCCUGCCUCAGGGGCAUCCAACAUCAAGCCAGAGGCCAGUCACAUGCCCACGCCUGCAGGUGCGACGUCAGACAACCUGGGGCCCAGCGGGCCCCAUCUCCCACAGAUGAUGCUUCCAGGGGCCCUGGAGAGAGUCUCAGCUGAAGAGAGUUGGGCUGGGCCCCGGCCCCGUGAGACUCUGGACACCUGAACCAGACCUGCCAGGGCUGUGUGAUCUCUCGGCCUGGUCCUUGGAGCUGUGGCAGCAGCAAGCUCCCCAGCGGCCCAGGGUGGGCCCG